AUGGUUGCCUCCAGCGUCGUGGCAGUUCUUGCGGUAGCACCGCUUUUACCCCUCUUUUUCCUGUUGCUCAUACAAUUGUCACUUCGCGCCCUUGGCUGGACUCUACGAGUCAAGACGAGAGAUAAAAAGGCAGCAGUCACUGCCCGGGUUCAGCGGGAGAGACCUUCCUUCAUAGAACAUCAACAGAUCUCCCAGGAGACCGAGGACGGCUGGGAAAAGAUCGAGAAAACGGGCACGGCGGAAAAUGGCAGACCCUUACAAGAUGAAUGGUGCGGUGUUGUUGGCUUCUUUCACCCCUUCUGCAAUGCCGCCGGUGGUGGUGAGAGGGUGCUAUGGGCUGCCAUCGCCGCGACUCAGAAACGAUGGCCUCAUGCAACUUGCGCAGUCUAUACCGGUGACCACGACAUUGACCGAAGUGUCGUGGUAGCAACAGUCAGGAGUCGUUUUGGAAUCACGCUUCAAGAAUAUUCACUGGUUUUUCUAUAUCUAUCUAGACGUCGUUAUGUACUCGCGAGUACUUACCCUUAUUUUACCCUGUUGGGUCAGUCUCUUGGUUCCGUUGUCCUCGCUUACGAUGCCUUUGAGCUGCUCGUUCCCGACAUUUUCAUCGACACCAUGGGGUAUGCCUUUGCCCUGGCAUUCUGCAAACACUUGUUUCCUAGCGUCCCCACUGCGGCAUACGUGCACUAUCCCACCAUCUCCACCGACAUGCUCGAAAGUCUCGACGACAAAACUGGUCAGCGUGGCAUUCAUUCCGGUGCAGGGGCAGGAUGGAAGGGAAUGGGGAAGAGGUAUUAUUGGCACGCUUUUGCAUGGCUGUAUGGUUGGGUGGGAAGCCAAAUUGAUGUUGUUCUAUGCAACUCGACCUGGACCCAGGGCCACAUCAGGCAGCUUUGGAAGCCCAAGAAGACAUCACCCUCGUUUGGAGCUGUCGUCUAUCCGCCAUGCCCUGUGGAAGAACUGGUAUCCCAGAUUCAAUUGACUCCGGAAAGCGAAAAGCGAAGAGAGAAUAUUGUUCUCUAUAUUGCACAAUUCCGCCCUGAAAAGAAUCACUCACUCAUUCUUCGAGCAUUCUCCAAAUUCUAUCAUGCAGCAAAGGAUAAACCCAGGCUUGUUCUCAUUGGUUCUGUUCGGAGCAAUACGCCGGAUGAGAAACACAUUUACAAUCUCCGACUCGAAGCUCGCGAAUUGAAAAUCAAGGACUCCACUUCCUUCAUUUGUGAUGCCCCGUUCUCGGUGAUUCUCGAGUAUCUCCAGAAGUCCAGUAUCACGACUAAUGGCAUGUACUCGGAGCAUUUCGGCAUCGGCAAUGUGGAAGGCCUAGCAGCAGGACUCAUCCCGGUCGUGCAUAAUAGUGGCGGACCCAAGCUGGACAUCGUCGUCCCCUAUGAAGGUCGGCCUAUUGGGUUUCUUGCGGAGACCGACGAGGAGUUUGCUGCAGCGUUUGGCCGUGUGGCGUCACUUGAGUCACAAGAAAGAUUCGCCAUGAGACUGCGAGGGCGAGCAAGCACGAAGAGAUUCACCGAGGAAGCAUUUGCCAGCAAAUGGAUUGAGGAGAUGGAGACCCUGGUCAAGAUGCAGGUUUCAAGGCAAAAUUAG